AUGGCCACCCCUCCCGAGAUGUUGAGAGCUACGACCGAAGACCAGAUCAACGAGCAAGAGCACCAAGUCAAAGACGACUCUGCCGCGAAAGAAAAUGACCGGCAUUUGUUCCAGGAUCAUACGGCAUUUCCGGAUUUUUGGGCAAAGAAGUUCAUAAGCGGUUAA